AUGCCGCUAGCCAACAUAACUAGGGCCGCGCCACGAAGUCAUCCUCACAAUCUGGCCGGGCAGUUCUUGUCAGCGCCAUCGUGCCCUGGACUAAUCUGGGUGGCCCGGCCGCCAUCAGACGGGCUAGUCCACAGAUUCUCCAAGACUCCUGACUGGGCAAGUCGCCGCCAAGCUGAAGCCGCCAUGAUUCGUCUCUUGUUACCAACAGACGACUGGGAGAGGCCGGACUACCAGACUACCGACUACCGACUACCGGACUACCAGACUGCCAGACUGCCAGACUGCCAGACUACCGGACUACCAGACGACCAGACUACCAGACUACCAGACUACCAGACUACCAGACUACCACUAGUUACCAAAAUACCAGACUACCAGACGACCAGACUACUAACUAUUAACGUACCUUUUUACCAUAUCCUUCGGCUUGGGGGCAGAAAGUUGCUGGCCUGGGGACCUGGGGUACAGAAGCCGAACUGUAUUGAUUUACACCAGGGCCUGGGCGUCCAAAUGGGCAAUAAAAUGAGGAGUCGCUCCCCACUAGGUAGUUACUUGUCGGCCGAUCCUAACCUACAUAGUCCUGGUGCUAACGUAACAGAGGGAACAUGGUACGGCACUCAACUAUGA